ACCGGGAGUUAGCAUGGCUUCGAAAGAACAGGUCGAGAGUUUAACCGAGGAGGUUAUUUGUCCCAUCUGCCUGGAUUUCUUCACCAAUCCGGUUAUACUGGAGUGUGGACACAACUUCUGCCGCUCCUGCAUCACACGGUGUUGGGAAAGUGGGGAGAGAAUCUCCUGCCCGGAAUGUAGAGAGGAGUUUGCAGACCGCACCCUCAAGGUCAAUCGGGUGUUGGCAAAUCUGUCUGAGAAAGCUCGAAAACUGAACCUGAAUCCGAAAGAGAAGGAAAAGAUAAUUCACUGCAAGAAACAUGGGGAAGAACUGAAGCUGUUUUGUGAGACGGACGACACACUGAUCUGCCUGAUCUGUGCGACUGCGCGGGAACACAAGUCUCACAACUUCAUGCCGGUUAACGAAGCCGUUGAAAUCUACAAGGGUCGGGUUAAAUCUUCCUUAGACUCUCUCACUAAAAAGAAAUCAGACUUGGAGAAAAUGGAGCAACAACAGAAAGAGAAGAUUUCUGGAGUUCGGGAACAAUCACACAGCCUUCAUUCCCAGAUCACAUCCCAUUUUGCUGAACUGCGCCGAGUUCUCACUGAUAAAGAGCAACACGCACUCCGAGAUCUCAAGGAAGAAGAGGAGAGGAUUCUGAAUCCAAUGAAGAAAAAUCUUCGAGAGAUUCAAGAGAAUUUAAAUUCUAUCCAGGAGGAAAUCUCAAAGUUACAGGAACGAAUGGAUCAACAAGAAAAUGUCACACUCCUCAUGGAGGGAGCUCAUCGGAAGAGAAGGAGCUGUGAUGAUGCCCAGACAUUGUCAGUGACAGACGGUGCCCUACUGGCUGGAAAAUUCUAUCACCCCUAUUUGUUCGACACAGCAUUGGGAGAAGCACUUAAUGGCAUUAAGCGAGUCUCUGUGACUCUGGAUGUGGAAACGGUGCAUCCGCGGCUUGAGGUGUCUGAGGAUCGGAAGAGUGUGAGAUACAUCGAGACCCGGAGGGAUCUCCCUGACACCGGGAAGAGGUUCACAGCCUGGCUUUGUGUGCUGGGAUCGGAGGGAUUCACAUCAGGGAGACAUUACUGGGAGGUGGAGGUGACGGGGAAUCGGCGCUGGAGGCUGGGAGUCGCCGCAGAGUCUGUGGAGAGGAAGGGAGGUGUCAGAGCGAGUCCGGAGGCCGGAUUCUGGACCAUCGCGCGGGAUGAUGGCGAGAUGUGGGUUCUCACCUGCCCUGUGUCCCGUCUCCCUGCUGGUCCCAUCCCCGGGAGGGUGGGAGUUUAUCUCCGUUACGAAUCUGGGACAGUCUCAUUUUACAACGCGGAGACCAACUCCCACCUCCACACCUUCACUGGGAGUAAAUUCACGGAGAAACUUUAUCCUUUCUUCUGGACUGGAAAUAAGAAAGAGUGGCUGAGAAUCUGCUCCGGUUCCGCUCCGUGUCUGUAAACGGGUCGGGUCCCGGGACCGGUGUCAGGAGUAAUUCAGUGUAAAUAUAAA